UCUCAGAUGGGUGCUCUUCAGUCUUCACUUCUCUACUUGAUUUUAUUACAUUCAUGCAAGAUUGUUGCUUACAAGGAUGAGGAAUGGAAGAAAGCCACUGCAACUUACACCAAAGACACAGAGGGAUCUCUCAUUACAGAAGGAGCUUGUGGUUAUGGAGACCUUCACAAGGCCAGCUAUGGAAAAUACAGUGCUGGGUUAAGCACCAUUUUGUUCAAUAGAGGGAGUACUUGUGGUGCUUGCUAUGAGAUAAGAUGUGUUGACCACAUCUUGUGGUGCAUGCUGGGAAGCCCUUCUAUAAUUGUUACUGCUACAGAUUUCUGUGCUCCAAAUUAUGGUCUCUCAGUUGAUUAUGGUGGCUGGUGUAAUUUUCCAAGAGAACAUUUUGAGAUGUCACAGGCUGCAUUUACUGAAAUUGCUAAAAGAAUAGCUGAUAUAGUGCCGGUUCAGUAUAGAAGAGUAAAGUGUCAAAGAAGUGGUGGUCUGAAAUUCACAAUGAGUGGAAGUUCUCACUUCUAUCAAGUCCUGAUUACCAAUGUAGGGUUGGAUGGUGAAGUGGUUGCUGUGAAAGUGAAGGGAUCUAGAACAGGAUGGAUACCCAUGGCAAGGAAUUGGGGGCAAAACUGGCAUUGCAAUGUCAACCUUCAACAUCAGCCUCUGUCCUUUGAGGUAACUAUCAGCACUGGAAAAACACUCACAUCUUACAAUGUAGCCCCGGUAAACUGGCAGUUUGGACAGACAUUUGAAGGGAAACAGUUUUAG